CUUGGUACUAGUACUAGUACCAGAUCGCAUCAAUCGAUUAAACUUUUACUGCAGCUUACAACUGGUUAAGCCGACAUUUUCAAGUGUGCUGAAAAAGUGACAACGAUGACAUACUGGAUUACGAUUUUUUUUAUAGCAUUCUUGCUUAUUGGGGGCACUAAAGGCACACAACUCAACACUGAUGGAAACAAAAGCAAUGGAGUAAACCAAGGAAUCACCAACAAUGACAGCAACAGAAAUAACAACAAAGGAACCAACAACAACUUAGUACCAAGCAAUAAUCAGGGAACCAACAAUAAUCAAGGAACCAACAAUAAUCAAGGAACCAACAAUAAUCAAGGAACCAACAAUAAUCAAGGAACCAACAACAACCAAGGAACCAACAAUAAUCAAGAAACCAAGAAUAACCAAGGAACCAACAAUAAUCAGGGAACCAACAACAACCAAGGAGUCAACAACAACCAAGGAAACAACAACCAAGCAACCGACAACAACAACAACCAAGAAACUAACAACAAUCAAGGAACCAACAACAACCAAGGAAACGACAAUAAUCAAGGAACCAACAGCCAAGGAAUCAACAACAACCAAGGAAACAACAACAAUCAAGGAACCAACAACAACAACCAAGGAAACAACAACCAAGGAAACAACAACCAAGGAAACAACAACCAAGAAACAAACCACAAUCAAGGAACCAACAACAACAACAACAACCAAGGAACCAAUGAGAAUCAAGGAAGCAACAACAACCAAGGAACCAACAACAACAACCAAGGAACCAACGAUAAUCAAGGAAGCAACAACAACCAAGGAACCAACAACAAUCAAGGAACCAACAACAACCAAGGAGUAAACAACAACCAAGGAAACAACAAUGAUCAAGGAAACAACAACAACCAAGGAAUCAACAACAAUCAAGGAACCAACAACAACCAAGGAGUAAACAACAACCAAGGAAACAACAAUGAUCAAGGAAACGACAACAACCAAGGAAACAACAACCAAGAAACCAACAACAAUCAAGGAACCAACAACAAUCAAGGAAACAACAACAACCAAGGAAACAACAAUAAUCAAGGAAACAACAACAACCAAGGAAACAACAACAAUCUAGGAACCAACAAUAAUCAAGGAAACAACAACCAAGCAACCGACAACAACCAAGGAAACAACAACAACCAAGGAAACAACAAUAAUCAAGGAAACAACAACAACCAAGGAAACAACAACAAUCAAGGAAACAACAACAACCAAGGAACCAACAACAACCAAGGAAACAACAACAGCCAAGGCACCAGCAACAACCAAGGAAACAGCAACAACAACAACCAAGAAACCAACAACAAUCAAGGAACCAACAGCCAAGGAAUCAACAACAACCAAGGAAACAACAAUAAUCAAGGAACCAACAACAACAUCCAAGGAAACAACAACCAAGAAACAAACCACAAUCAAGGAACCAACAACAACAACAACCAAGGAACAAACAAUAAUCAAGGAAGCAACCACAACCAAGGAACCAACAACAAUCAAGGAACCAACAAUGGAAACAGUGUCAACCAAGAAAACAAUGAGAAUAGCGGAAACCAGGGCAACAACGUAAACCAAGGAGAUGAGGACAGUGAAGAAGAUAACAACAGUAAAGAACAUGUGGACAGUGGGGAAAAUAAAGGCAGUAGAAGUGACCAGAGCAGUGGUAGUGAUGAUGACAAUAAUAGUGAUAUGAGCAAGGCAAGUAAUGAGGUCAGUGGUCCAGAUUCGAUCAUUGCGGAGGAUGAUAAAGAUAGUGAGCACAAUGACGACAGUGGUUUAGAUCAGAGCAGUCAGGGUGAGGGUGACAUUGAAGAUGAAGGCAAUCAGGAAAAUGAAUCCAGUAACAAUAGUAACAGUGGUAACAAAGGCAACAACGGUGGAAAAAGUUGCAGCUAUCCCAGCUACAAGGCAAAAUGUAGACCACCGAAGAGAAAAUGCAUUGGAAACAUUGAAAAAACAGAAGAUAGUGAAAGCAAGGAGAGCAAUGAGCAAAACAAUGGAAACAGUUGUAACCUAGGCAACAACAAUGUUAACAGUGAUGCAGAUGAUGACAGUACAGAGGAUGAUAACACAAAAGAAGAGGACAGUGGGAAAAAUGAAGGCAGUACUAGUAACCAGAGCAGUGGUAGUGAUGAUGACAAUGAUAGUGAUACAAGCAAGGUUGGAAAUGAGGACAGUGAUUCAAAUGCUGCCAGUGAAGAAGAUGAUAACACUAAAGAAAACAAGGACAGUGAUGAAAAUGAAGUCAGUGAUCAGAAAAGCAGUGGUGGUAGUGGAAGUAGAAGUGGCAAUCAGGAAAAUGAAUCUAGUGAUAGUGACCAGAGCAGUGGUAAUGAUGAUGACAGCAAUGGUAAUAUGAGCGAGGUCAGUCAUGAGGUCAGUGGUCCAGAUUCGAUCGGUGAUGAAGGUGAUGACACUGAAGAGGAUGAGAGCAAUAAUUCAGAAGUGAACAGCAAUGGAAAGGAUGACACUGAGGUUGAUGAAAAUAUUGAGCAGAAUCAGAGCAGUGGUUCAGAUAUGAAUAGUGAAGGUGAAACUGAAGAUGAGGACAAGCAGGAAAAUGAAUCCAGUGGUAGUGAUGAUGACAAUAACGGGGAAACGAGCAAUGUCAGUGGUAGUGAUAAUGAAAAUGGGAGUGAUAUGAGCAAUGUUAGUAAUGAGGACGGUGGUCCAAAUUUGCUCAGUGAGGAAGAUGAUGACACUGAAGAAACUGAGGAAAAUGAUACCAGUGGUAGUGACCUCAGCAGUGGAAGUGGUUCAGAUGAGGACAGUGAAGUAAAAGACAACAUUGAAGAAGUUGUGAGCAGUGAAACAAAUGAAGACGUUGGUACUGAUCCAGGCAAUGAAAGUGAUCCCAAUGGGAGUGAUACAGGCAGUGGUAGUGAUGAUGACAAUGGUAGUAAUAUGAGCAAUGACAAAAACGAGGGCAGUGGUUCAGAUCAAGAUCAAGGCAGUGGUUCAGGUGACGACAAUGGCAGUGAUACAGGCAGUGGUAGUGAUGAUGAAAAUGGUAGUAAUAUGAGCAAUGACAACAACGACAGUGGUUCAGAUGUCAACAGCAGUGGUAGUUCAGAUGUCAACAGCAGUGGUAGUGAUGAUGACAAUGGCAGUGGUAGCGAUGAUGACAAUGGGAGUAAUAUGAGCAAUGACAACGAGGACAGUGGUUCAGAUGUCAACAGCAGUGGUAGUUCAGAUGAAGACAGCGAGCAAGAUCAAGGCAGUGGUUCAGAUGACAACAAUGGCAGUGAUACAGGCAGUGGUAGUGAUGUUGACAAUGGGAGUAAUAUGAGCAAUGACAACAACGAGGGCAGUGGUUCAGAUGUCAACAGUGAGGGAGACAACGAAGACAGCGAGCAAGAUCAAGGCAGUGGUUCAGAUGACAACAAUGGCAGUGAUACAGGCAGUGGUAGUGAUGUUGACAAUGGGAGUAAUAUGAGCAAUGACAACAACGAGGGCAGUGGUUCAGAUGUCAACAGUGAGGGAGACAACGAAGACAGCGAGCAAGAUCAAGGCAGUGGUUCAGGUGACGACAAUGGCAGUGAUACAGGCAGUGGUAGUGAUGUUGACGAUGGGAGUAAUAUGAGCAAUGACAACAACGAGGGCAGUGGUUCAGAUGUCAACAGCAGUGGUUCAGGUGACGACAAUGGCAGUGAUACAGGCAGUGGUAGUGAUGAUGACAAUGGUAGUAAUAUGAGCAAUGACAACGAGGACAGUGGUUCAGAUGUCAACAGCAGUGGUAGUUCAGAUGUCAACAGCAGUGGUAGUGAUGAUGACAAUGGUAGUAAUAUGAGCAAUGACAACAAUGAGGGCAGUGGUUCAGAUGUCAACAGUGAGGGAGACAACGAAGACAGCGAGCAAGAUCAAGGCAGUGGUUCAGGUGACGACAAUGGCAGUGAUACAGGCAGUGGUAGUGAUGUUGACAAUGGGAGUAAUAUGAGCAAUGACAACAACGAGGGCAGUGGUUCAGAUGUGACAGACGAUAAGGAUGACAACACUGAAGAGGUUGAGGCCAGUGGUUCAGAUGAUGACACUGAAGAAACUGAGGAUAAUGAGGAAAAUGAUACCAGUGGUAGUGACCUCAGCAGUGGAAAUGGUUCAGAUGAGGACAGUGAAGUAAAAGACGACAUUGAAGAACUUGUGAGCAGUGAAACAAAUGAAGACGUUGGUACUGAUCCAGGCAAUGAAAGUGAAUCCAAUGGCAGUGAUACAGGCAGUGGUAGUGAUGAUGACAAUGGUAGUAAUAUGAGCAAUGACAACAAUGAGGGCAGUGGUUCAGAUGUCAACAGUGAGGGAGACAACGAAGACAGCGAGCAAGAUCAAGGCAGUGGUUCAGGUGACGACAAUGGCAGUGAUACAGGCAGUGGUAGUGAUGAUGACAAUGGGAGUAAUAUGAGCAAUGACAACAACGAGGGCAGUGGUUCAGAUGUCAACAGUCAGGGAGACAACGAAGACAGCGAACAAGAUCAAGGCAGUGGUUCAGGUGACGACAAUGGCAGUGAUACAGGCAGUGGUAGUGAUGAUGACAAUGGUAGUAAUAUGAGCAAUGACAACAACGAGGGCAAUGGUUCAGAUGUCAACAGUGAGGGAGACAACGAAGACAGUGAGCAAGAUCAAGGCAGUGGUUCAGGUGACGACAAUGGCAGUGAUACAGGCAGUGGUAAUGAUGAUGACAAUGGUAGUAAUAUGAGCAAUGACAACAACGAGGGCAGUGGUUCAGAUGUCAACAGUGAGGGAGACAACGAAGACAGCGAGCAAGAUCAAGGCAGUGGUUCAGAUGACAACAAUGGCAGUGAUACAGGCAGUGGUAGUGAUGUUGACAAUGGGAGUAAUAUGAGCAAUGACAACAACGAGGGCAGUGGUUCAGAUGUCAACAGUGAGGGAGACAACGAAGACAGUGAGCAAGAUCAAGGCAGUGGUUCAGGUGACGACAAUGGCAGUGGUAGUGAUGAUGACAAUGGUAGUAAUAUGAGCAAUGACAACGAGGACAGUGGUUCAGAUGUCAACAGCAGUGGUAGUUCGGAUGUCAACAGCAGUGGUAGUGAUGAUGACAAUGGUAGUGAUAUGAGCAAUGACAACAACGAGGGCAGUGGUUCAGAUGUCAACAGUGAAGGAGACAACGAAGACAGCGAGCAAGAUCAAGGCAGUGGUUCAGGUGACGACAAUGGCAGUGAUACAGGCAGUGGUAGUGAUGAUGACAAUGGCAGUAAUAUGAGCAAUGACAAUAACGAGGGCAGUGGUUCAGAUGUCACCAGUGAGGGAGACAAUGAAGACAGCGAGCCAGAUCAAGGCAGUGGUUCAGUUGACGACAAUGGCGGUGAUACAGGCAGUGGUAGUGAUGAUGACAAUGGUAGUAAUAUGAGCAAUGACAACAACGAGGGCAGUGGUUCAGAUGUCAACAGUGAGGGAGACAACGAAGACAGCGAGCAAGAUCAAGGCAGUGGUUCAGGUGACGACAAUGGCAGUGAUACAGGCAGUGGUAGUGAUGAUGACAAUGGCAGUAAUAUGAGCAAUGACAACAACGAGGGCAGUGGUUCAGAUGUCAACAGUGAGGGAGACAACGAAGACAGUGAGCAAGAUCGAGGCAGUGGUUCAGGUGACGACAAUGGCAGUGAUACAGGCAGUGGUAGUGAUGAUGACAGUGGUAGUAAUAUGAGCAAUGACAACAACGAGGGCAGUGGUUCAGAUGUCACCAGUGAGGGAGACAAUGAAGACAGCGAGCCAGAUCAAGGCAGUGGUUCAGUUGACGACAAUGGCGGUGAUACAGGCAGUGGUAAUGAUGAUGACAAUGUUAGUAAUAUGAGCAAUGACAACAACGAGGGCAGUGGUUCAGAUGUCAACAGUGAGGGAGACAACGAAGACAGCGAGCAAGAUCAAGGCAGUGGUUCAGGUGACGACAAUGGCAGUGAUACAGGCAGUGGUAGUGAUGAUGACAGUGGUAGUAAUAUGAGCAAUGACAACAACGAGGGCAGUGGUUCAGAUGUCAACAGUGAGGGAGACAACGAAGACAGCGAGCAAGAUCAAGGCAGUGGUUCAGGUGACGACAAUGGCAGUGAUACAGGCAGUGGUAGUGAUGAUGACAAUGGUAGUAAUAUGAGCAAUGACAACAACGAGGGCAGUGGUUCAGAUGUCAACAGUGAGGGAGACAACGAAGACAGCGAGCAAGAUCAAGGCAGUGGUUUAGGUGACGACAAUGGCAAUGAUACAGGCAGUGGUAGUGAUGAUGACAAUGGUAGUAAUAUGAGCAAUGACAACAACGAGAGCAGUGGUUCAGAUGUCAACAGUGAGGGAGACAACGAAGGCAGUGGUUCAGGUGACGACAAUGGCAGUGAUACAGGCAGUGGUAGUGAUGAUGACAAUGGUAGUAAUAUGAGCAAUGACAACAACGAGGGCAGUGGUUCAGAUGUCAACAGUGAGGGAGACAACGAAGACAGCGAGCAAGAUCAAGGCAGUGGUUUAGGUGACGACAAUGGCAAUGAUACAGGCAGUGGUAGUGAUGAUGACAAUGGUAGUAAUAUGAGCAAUGACAACAACGAGAGCAGUGGUUCAGAUGUCAACAGUGAGGGAGACAACGAAGGCAGUGGUUCAGGUGACGACAAUGGCAGUGAUACAGGCAGUGGUAGUGACGAUGACAAUGGUAGUAAUAUGAGCAAUGACAACAACGAGGGCAGUGGUUCAGAUGUCAACAGUGAAGGAGACCACGAAGACAGCGAGCAAGAUCAAGGCAGUGGUUCAGAUGACGACAAUGGCAGUGAUACAGGCAGUGGUAGUGUUGUUGACAAUGGGAGUAAUAUGAGCAAUGACAACAACGAGGGCAGUGGUUCAGAUAUCAACAGCAGUGGUAGUUCAGAUGUCAACAGCAGUGGUAGUGAUGAUGACAAUGGUAGUGAUAUGAGCAAUGACAACAACGAGGGCAGUGGUUCAGAUGUGACGGACGAUAAGGAUGACAACACUGAAGAGGUUGAGGCCAGUGGUUCAGAUGAUGACACUGAAGAAACUGAGGAUAAUGAGGAUAAUGAUACCAGUGGUAGUGACCUCAGCAGUGGAAGUGGUUCAGAUGAGGACAGUGAAGUAAAAGACGACAUUGAAGAACUUGUGAGUAGUGAAACAAAUGAAGAUGUUGGUACUGAUCCAGGCAAUGGAAGUGAAUCCAAUGGCGGUGAUACAGGCAGUGGUAGUGAUGAUGACAAUGGUAGUAAUAUGAGCAAUGACAACAACGAAGGCAGUGGUUCAGAUGUCAACAGUGAGGGAGACAACGAAGACAGCGAGCAAGAUCAAGGCAGUGGUUCAGGUCACGACAAUGGCAGUGAUACAGGCAGUGGUAGUGAUGACAAUGGUAGUAAUAUGAGCAAUGACAACAACGAGGGCAGUGGUUCAGAUGUCAACAGUGAGGGAGACAACGAAGACAGCGAGCAAGAUCAAGGCAGUGGUUCAGGUGACGACAAUGGCGGAGAUACAGGCAGUGGUAGUGAUGAUGACAGUGGUAGUAAUAUGAGCAAUGACAACAACGAGGGCAGUGGUUCAGAUGUCAACAGUGAGGGAGACAACGAAGACAGCGAGCAAGAUCAAGGCAGUGGUUCAGGUGACAACAAUGGCAGUGAUACAGGCAGUGGUAGUGAUGAUGACAAUGGUAGUAAUAUGAGUAAUGACAACAACGAGGGCAGUGGUUCAGAUGUCAACAGUGAGGGAGACAAGGAAGACAGUGAGCAAGAUCAAGGCAGUGGUUCAGGUGACGACAAUGGCAGUGAUACAGGCAGUGGUAGUGAUGUUGACAAUGGGAGUAAUAUGAGCAAUGACAACAACGAGGGCAGUGGUUCAGAUGUCAACAGUGAGGGAGACAACGAAGACAGCGAACAAGAUCAAGGCAGUGGUUCAGGUGACGACAAUGGCAGUGAUACAGGCAGUGGUAGUGAUGAUGACAAUGGUAGUAAUAUGAGCAAUGACAACAACGAGGGCAGUGGUUCAGAUGUCAACAGUGAGGGAGACAACGAAGACAGCGAGCAAGAUCAAGGCAGUGGUUCAGGUGACGAC